CACGCGCGCACACUUGGAUUCCGUCGCACGUUGUCCUCGCGCGCGCGCGCUGUGCGGGCUCUCGCCACGUCCCUCAUCUUAACGGAGUCCUGCGCGCUGCGUCGUUUUCGCCUCAGGAAGGGAAUCUCAAAAAAAUCACACAAUGGGAGUGGAAGGCUGCACGAAAUUUAUCAAGUAUUUGUUGUUUUUCUUCAAUUUCAUUUUCUGGCUGGCAGGGGGUGUCAUACUGGGCGUGGCACUCUGGCUUCGCCAUGACAGCAGCACCAGCAGCUUGCUGUCUCUUGAAUUAGAUGGUCGCCAAGCUCCUAAUACCUUCUACAUAAGCAUCUACAUCUUGAUUGCUGUUGGGGCUGUGAUGAUGUUUGUGGGGUUCCUGGGUUGCUAUGGUGCCAUCCAGGAGUCACAGUGCCUUCUGGGAACUUUUUUCGCCUGUUUGGUGAUCCUGUUUGCUUGUGAAGUGGCUGCUGGAAUAUGGGGAUUUUUAAACCGUGACAAAGUCGCUGAAGAGCUGAAAAAUUUCUACGAUGCAGCGUUCGACAAGGCUCUUGGUGACAAACUCCUCUCCCAGGACCGGAGUGCCGAAAAUGUUCUCCGUGCCUUCCAUGAGACGCUGAAUUGCUGUGGAAAGGGAGAUCUCGACGGCUUCAUAGGACAAACCUUGACCAAUUUCUGCCCCAAACCAACUGGACUUCAGGACUACAAAGUGAGCUGUCACAGGAAGAUUGAAGAGCUCUUUUCUGACAAACUGUACCUGGUUGGAAUCGCCGCUCUGGUGGUUGCUGUUAUCAUGAUCUUCGAGAUGAUUUUCAGUAUGGUCCUGUGCUGUGGAAUCCGUAACAGUCAGGUCUACUAACGAUGCUGAGGAGGAGAGGGGGACCACAGGAUCACAGCCCCUGGAGAUGCAAACCAGUGACUGAGGGGAUAACAGUCUCUUUGUUUUUAUAUUUUUCAUCACUUACUAAUGUUAUCCAUUUUUUAUCGUAUCAAAUCAAAGUAUCUUAUAAUACCUUAUUGCGUACACACCAUUGGCCUAUGGGAUCGUAGACCUCUUUUGCUGUACAUUUACAUGUUAAAAUUCAUGGACAGUGAUCCAGCAGAUAUGCAAGGAAUAUAUACAUACACAGGUACACCCAGCACUUGUUGUAUUAUGCUUAUUCUGCAGUUGUUCUUAGGUUGGUAUUACUAAAUCCAUGUUCUCUUGGUCUGUUGUUCUUUUUGCAUGUAGAUACAUAAAGGAAAUAUAUACUCGAAAGUGUGUGAUCACCCACAAAAAUGGGAUCCUAUUUGUUUCCCUCUGUUCACUUGUUGUUUGUGUGAUUGUUCAGAGGAGCCACAUCUCAGAGACAGAUCCCACACCAGUAGAUUCCUAUCCACUCACUUUCCUGCAGUCCCGCGUUGGAAGUACAAGAUCCGGUUUUUGAGGAUAUGUGGAAGUUUCUUUAAAUAUUUGAAUAGAUUUGCGUCACUUUGCGUGUAUCGGGGACCCUGAGCUACUCGUAUCUGAACAUACUCCCACCCAUAAGAUGCGAUCGGGUCGAGCCACCAAAAGAGUGCUGGACUAGACAAAGUUGUACUGUAUGUGGGACAGUUUCCCCCAAAUUCCUAAUAUCCUGCAAUGCUGAUACAAGGCAGCUCUUUGUUCCUUUCUACUGGUGCCAUAAAGUGUUGUUUCGGAGAGAACCUGCUGCAUGAAAACAACAAGAGUAUGAGAGAAGGUGUGAUGUGACUGUUUCUGUGACCAGCCUGCUAGAGGCCCCUGUGUCCAGAAAGGAGUGGACGCACUGUUGCCUUCUGCUUGUCUUACUUCCUAACCUGUCCGAGUCACAGAGGGACCAGAAUCUUAGCCCACAACCUUAAGCACUAAAAUAGAUUCACAGAAAAACAGAUCCUUCCUCCUACUGGACUUUAAAAAAAAGGGGGUGUGUUGCUAAAAGGGACACGGUUUUCUGCUUGUUCGUGCUGUUCCAGUACCAGAUGUCUUCGCUUGUGGCUGUAGUAGCAGUGUUGCAGUGUUUCCUCUAACGCCUUGCCAAAGUGGACGCUCCAGAGGGGCAGAAAAGGGUCGCUUUCAGUGCGCCAGAAGAAGCAUGUCACGCUUGUUGCCUUAGAACUGCAGCUGUCACUCCCUUUGACUAACUUCUGAGUGUGUGUGUGGGUGUGCGGGUGCACAUGUGGGUGGGUGCACAUGUGGGUGUCUGCAUGUAUUAACUUUUGUGUGCAUUGGUGUGUGUGCAUGGGUGAGCGGUGCAUGUGCGCGAGUUCUGUGGAUGUUGGUCUCUGUGUGUGGCGUGUGUAUGUGUCUCCCCUUCUGUGCGUGUGGACAUGCCUGCCGCUGAUUCUGUUGACCACUGAGUGGCAAUGAGGACCUACCUGUCCUCGCUGAGACACUAGUGCCAUACCUGUUCCUCCUCAAGCACGGGCCGGUAGGUGUUCACAAUGUGCUGGUGAGUACAACUGGAAUUCCUCAUUUUGCUUAGCCGCCACUCGAGGGAACUAUUGCGCCACGGCUCGGGUUGGAUACGGAUGACAAACCUCCUUUGGGGAUGAGCUCGUAUUGAUCAGAUGAUGCUGUUGCUGGACUGGGUUCCCAUGAUCCUUGUCACGGCCUGCUGAUGAUACUGGCAUCCCAGCUGGAUUGCCGUAUCCCUCCACUAGGUGGACUGCUUAGUUACCUGAUUUAUCCCACUUCUAACUCCACAAACACACACACACAAAAUGUAUCUGUAAGACUACAUGUUAUGACAGCUCUAUCUUAACAGUUAGAACCUAUUCUUAUAUUCAUAUAUAAUGGUACUAAUUAUAAGUAAUGUAAGCAUUUCAUGUAGGUUUGAUACUUUGUAAAGAUGAAAAACAAGAGCAGAAAUUAAACUGUACUGCAGUUGUAAAUGGCAUGAGCCAGAAAAAGGUCAACAAUGUAUUGAUUAUAUGUGUACUUACUGAGUAAAUGAAUGGCCUAAUGUUGGAAUAAAAUUACAUCUUGAAGGAA